GAAGUAGAUAAUGCAUUUAAAGAACAGAAGGAGAUGGAAUUGAAGAAGGAAUUGUUGAUAGAAAAUAAAGAGUUCCUGAAAAAUUUUUUUACAGAGGAACUGGCUGUAUUGAAUUGUCAUCUCUCUGACAUAUCUGUGGUGCUCAAUAUGAACAACAGCAGAUGUUUGGACAUGGAUACCCUCAUCCAGAACAUUGAUAAUUGGUAUCAGAGCAUUGCCUACAGAAGCAAGGAAGAAGCUAAUCUUUUUUAUCAAAACCAGAUUGAAGAUCUUCAGAACAAAAAAUGCCAGUGCCAUGAAAACCUGCAAAAAAACAGUGGUGAAAUUGCUGAGUUGAACCGGGCCAUCCAAAUAAUGCAGUGCAAAGUAGAUGCUGAGAAGCAAAAGACUACUGCUUUGCAAGUAGCCAUUGGGGAUACUGAACAUAAUGGAGACCGUGCUCUAAAAGAUGCCCGAGCAAAGCACAUAGAACUUCAGAAUCGCAUGCAGAAUUCCAAGGAUCAGUUGGCUUCCAUCUUACGGGAUUACCAGGAACUCAUGAAUACCAAAUUGGCCCUGGAUAUUGAGAUUGCAACAUACAAGACAAUGCUGGAGGGAGAAGAGAACAGGUGA